CAAAGCUGCUUGCAAAAACGAGGGACCUCUCUUUUCAGCCUUACAGACAAAAGUUGAUUUUUAUGUUUUUGAACCAAUAGUUUUUCAUGAGAUGUCAUUGGACUGGAUGUUUAUGAUAGAUUAUAAAGGCUGAGUCACAUGUACCGCCUCAGGAAACUGCUAGAUCUGACAUUGUUGUAAACCAAACUUGCAACUCUUCAGUAUUAUUCUCAGUAAAGACCAAACAUGGCUGCUGCUGCACUCGUCAAAGAGAACUUUAAGUUUGUGUCCCUCUUCUUCAAGAGUAAAGAUGUGAUGAUCUUCAAUGGUCUGAUUGCUCUGGGAACUGUGGCUGGCCAGACUGCGUACAACGUUUUUGCCUUUGACUGUCCAUGUUCCUCUGGGAGGAACUACCUCUACGGCUUGGCUGCCAUUGGUGUUCCAGCGCUGGCAUUUUUCCUCGUAGGAAUAAUGAUGAACAAGAGCACCUGGGACCUGGUCUCUGAGUGUCGGCUCAGAAAGUGCCGGAAGCUGUCGGGAGUCACCGCCUUUGCACUACUGGGAACCAUCAUUGGUCGAGCUAUUGUGGCUUCGCUGACAUGGGUGGUUAUCUCUUUGUUGCGGGGCCAGGCGUACACAUGUGCCCUCAGUGAAUUUGUUGACCCCAGUACGCUGGAGAGCUUCCCCUCAGGUCAGGGGACAGAGGUCAUGGCUAAAUUCCCGUGUGAAGGAAGUUUUCCAACGGACCUUCAAGGCUCCUGGGCUGAAAUUGAGCGUCGACUGAAAUAUGAAUCUCAGCUGAUAGGCUGGCUGCUGGUGGCCGGAAUGUCUCUGAUGGUGUUCCUGUUGCUGUGUUUGAAGCGCUGCUCCUCUCCACUUGGCUACCAGCAGGAGGACUACUGGUCCCAGUACCGCUCUAAUGAAAAGACCCUCUUCCAACGCACAGCAGCAGUCCAUGCCCGCCUCCUGGCUGCAGAGAACAUCAAGAACUUCUUUGGCUUUGUGGCAUUGGAGCAGGAAGAGAAGGAGCAGCUGGCUGAACACCAGGGUGCUAGUCCGAUCUGCAGCACCAACUGGAACAGAGUGACUGGUGUCUACCUCUACAGGGAAAAGAAUGGACUGCCUUUGUACAGCAGGCUCAACAAAUGGGCCACGUACAGUCUGGAGAAUAAUGUGGAAGCCAUGGAGAAAGAGAUGGACGUGCUCGCUUGACUGCGUUCCUCAGUAAAGUGGCCAAGUGACUGCGACCACUAUGCUUCAAAUGGAGUGCUUGGUGGAUCGUCAAAAAGCGUCCACAGCCCCCUCCCUCAACUCCUUUACCAUUUCAGAACUGAGUGGGCUUUGUCUGACAAUAGUAUUUUCUUUAUUUAUUUAACUUUCUGAAACUAACAAUCUGAAAAUCAUGCACAGUAUUUUUGCCACUUUGCAUUGUGACGUGUUUGGAGGAGACUUCAUAAGAAAUGUUUCAUUUGAAGAUACUGAACCAUUAAGUCAUCAGUAUAACUUGGAUGGAAGAGCAGACAAAGGAUAUCAGAAAUGUAAUUAAUUUAUUAGUAGGACUUUACCAUCAGUAGAAAAUUUUGAUUUUAUGGUGCCCACUAUUUCCCACCACUGUUUUAAAGUCAUGUCUUAUUUCAGCAUUGGAAAGAGCAAAUAUGGAGUCUAUACUGUCAGAUGUUGUCCUGCAUAUAGUGUGGGAAAUGAUUUCUGUUCCAAAUGUAUGUUUUAGCUUUAAAGAAUUUUAGGGAGAAAAUUUGGGUUCAAGAGGUUGACAGUAAUCUAAAUGUUACUUCUCGGGAUAUGACAGAAAUAUCCCGCUUUCAUAUCAGUAUAUCUCAGUUGCUUUGUCAUUAAUAUUCUCUGGAAGAAUAAUUGCAAAAUUUACCACC